UACGGUCGCUCGUGGACAUAUGGAACGCGGAUAAAUCACGGCAGGAAAAUACUACUUUGUGUUGAAGAAACAAAAAAUGGACCUUUAGUGUAAAAAUGUAAACGUGCGGAGUUUUAUCGACUCGGACGGGAAUACUUGGGCGUAUUUGCGGAACUUUUUACCACGGGAAAAGAAUGACAACAACACAUUAGUGUUGGCAACCUAGAAGUGCAUCAUUUCCUCCAGACUGGAUAUCCAAGCACAACAAAGAUGAGAAUACAAGGACAGCCUGAGGGCGCGAGGAGACGUCUGGAUCUGAAUGCAGUUGGUGAGCUCAGGGGUGUGGAGGUCAUCCGCGGUCGGGCUGGGUAUGGGUUUACCAUUUCAGGACAGCGUCCCUGUCUGAUGAGUGGCAUCUUAGCGGGAAGCCCUGCUGACCUGGUGGGACUCAAACAAGGGGAUCGAAUAAUGGCUGUCAAUGGGACAGAUAUGUCUACGGCAUCACAUGAGGCUGUGGUGCAGCUGAUUGGCAGCUGCAGAGGGCCUUUGCACCUGGUGGUGCAUGCAGAAGGUCGAGUAAUGAGAAAUCCCAUCCUUACUGAUGAAAAAUUUGGGAUGAGCCCAAAAAAAGGACUUUUCCAGAAGGCUGGUGUUCUUCGUACUAUUUCAGAUGAUACAAGUAACUCCUCUAAUUUAUGUCAUGUCAUCAACACUAAACAGAGGCCAGUGUCAGAACCUGAUAUGUCACAGUGGUCCCAACAGUGGAACACUUUUGCUGAGCAGCAGAUGGAGGAGUCCUCCAGAGUGGAGGACACAGACUCUGUUUUUACAGACACAGAGGAAGUCAACCCAGACUGGAGUGUUUUGAACAUGACCUUAGUGGUGGGCUACCUCAGCUCCACAGAGCUCAUUCUGAACACCACAGAUUCAGAGGAGGAUUGUCUGAAAGCUAUCCGUGAGCGAAUACGGCAGUUGGGGACGGAGCAGGAUACCCACACUCUGGUGAUGAUGAAGAUCAUGUUUGACUGCAUCCGCCUUUGUGACGAUGCAGGAGCUGUUCUGGCAGCCCUCCCUGCUGAGAACCUGGUUUUAGGGGCCGUGUGUGCUGAAGAUCCACGUUUCUUUUGCUUGGUCACGACAGCACACAUUAUUAAUGGUCAUGUACCAGAGGACAGUCCUUUGAGGGCUUCUUGCCACGUUUUCUUUAUCGAUCCAGAGCUGAGCAACCAUGAGGACCACAUAGGGAUUGCUGGACGCUUCAGCUUCAAUUGCUCUCCAGAUCCAGAUGCUUUGGGCUGCCUAGAGUUUCCUCAAAGUCCUCCAGAUGUCCUUCAUUUUGUGACUGUGUUGUACAGUGACAUGGGGGAGGCUGUGGAGAGGCUCAGGGUCAAACUGGAUGCAGAGGUUCAACAACAAGCCAAAGAGAACGGCAGCACCGACAAACACGGCAGUGCCAGCAGCAACGGGGACAGCGGAAUAGGCAAUUCUUCCCCCCCUGAGGAGAGAGCGGACAGGGAUUUCCCUUCUGCAAUCCAGAACCACCCUGGGGCCCACCUCCCCAGCUGUCCCUGGGAUUAUCCCCCGGAUGAAGACCUCACCCCAGUAAACCUCUCCAAGAAUGAGCAAAAACUUAAUCCAGAGAACAGUUCCAGUACACAUUCCCUUUCAGAGUCACUACCUGGCCCUGAUUCUCUAACCAGCUUCUACGGAGGCCCCCCACCCAGGCUCGAGUUCCAGUUCAAGCCCCCACCACCUCCACUGCCUAUAGGUAAAAAAAUAAACUUCUUCGCAGACCCCCUUAGAAGUAGCCAAAGGUGGUUCUCAAAGCCAAAGUGGUCUAAAGCUCAAAACGCUGAUCCUGAGCCACAGGUGACCAACAGCUGGUCCUCCAGCAUUAGCCUUGGUUCAAACACGAACAUCCUGCCUCCGCCCAUGAGUCAGAUCCCCUCAGACCGGUACCAGGCAGCAGAGGUCAUGAUGAUGCCCCCUAGAGAAGAAUGGACCAGAAGGUUCCUGGAGCAGAGAGAGAGGCAGCGAAAAGAUGGUGGCCACAAAAAUGGCUCCAGGUUUUGGGGUAUCGCUGGUGUCCGUGCCUCUAAACGCCGCUCUGCCAAACGCCUCAGCCUCGCAAGAUCACUGGACGACCUUGAGUCUGCUGCUUCUUCAGACGGUGCUCUGAAGUGGCCAUCUGCUGCAGUGAUAGCAGAUUAUGGCGGAGUCCAGUUGCAGGGAUGCUGCAGCCAGAGCAGCCUGAACAGCAAUGGCAGUCUUCCAGGAGUAGGAAGUCAUCGAGGACUUCAAGAGCAGCGCGUGGCCAGCUGGGCUGCCUGCUUUGAGCAUCUUCUCCAGGAUCCUGUUGGCGUGCGCUACUUCUCGGAAUUUCUCAAGAAAGAAUUCAGUGAAGAGAAUAUCUUGUUCUGGCAGGCCUGUGAAUGCUUCAGUCAUGUCCCUGCAACGGAUAAAAAGCAGCUGUCUCAGAGAGCCGGAGAGAUCUACAACAACUUCCUGUCCAGCAAGGCCACCAUGCCGGUCAACAUUGACAGCCAAGCCCAGCUGGCUGACGACGUCCUCACCUCCCCACGACCUGACAUGUUUAAGACCCAGCAGCUACAGAUCUUCAACCUGAUGAAGUUUGACAGCUACUCACGAUUCCUCAAGUCCUCGCUUUUCCAGGAGUGUAUGCGGGCUGAGGUGGACGGUCUGCCCCUGCCGGACCCUUACCAGAUCCCCUGUAGUCCUGCACCCUCCAAGCACAGCGCCAGCUCCGACCGCUCCACCCUUUCCACUCCCAAAAAGGAAACCAGAAAGCAGAGGUCAGGGCGGUCACUGAAUGAGGACAGCAGGGAUGAGAGCGCCGAUAAGAAACGUGGCUUCUUCUCAUGGUCCCGUAACAGGAGCUUUGGGAAGGGUCCGAAGAAGAAGGACAUUGGAGACAUUAACCUCGACCAUUGGGGUAGUAAUGGGCGAAGGGAGUCCCAGGGCUCGUUGUCUUCUGGUACCAGUCUGGAGAUGGCUACUUCCUGCUCGGCUGGCAAGAUUGAUUCAGAAAACCGACACUCAGUUGGAGUGUGGGAGCGUUCGCCGAAACACUGCAGCGUGAUGCUGCCCGACGGGUCGUGCUCCUCCAUCAACCUCCGGCCUGGCGCCUCCAUUAGAGAAGUCCUGCAAGAUCUGUGUCAAAACAUUAGUGUCAACAUCGCUGCUGUCGAUCUCUUCCUGGUGGGAGGGGAGAAGCCGUUAGUUUUGGACCAGGAUUGCAUGACCCUCAGCUCACGAGACUUGAGACUGGAGAAGCGGACCUUGUUUAGAUUGGACCUCGUACCCAUAAACCGCUCCGUUGGGCUCAAAGCCAAACCCACCAAACCUGUCACCGAGGUCCUGCGUCCUGUCGUGGCCAAAUACGGCCUCCACCUCAACGAUCUGGUGGCCAAAAUAAGCGGAGAAACUGAGCCUUUGGACUUGGGGGCUCCCAUAUCGAGUCUGGAUGGUUUGCGUGUUGUUUUGGAACGAGCAGACCCAGGGAAAGACAAACCCAAGUCGUCUUCUCUGAAAAGUCAUCCUCCCACCAGGAGCCUUUCUGCAACAGGAGAUGAGAGGUCAACACCAAAGGACUUUUCUUUGAGAGGAAGUGGACCAGACUCAGGACUCCCAGGGGAAAAGAGAAAACAGAAAAAGAUUAAUAUAGAUGAAGCUGAAGAAUUCUUUGAGCUGCUGAGCCGAGCACAAAGCACCAGAGCCAACGACCAGCGUGGACUCCUGAGCAAAGAAGACCUGGUGCUGCCCGACUUCCUGCGUCUCACCCCCCCGUCCUCGUCCUGCUCCAUGUCCUCCAACCUGGCCUGCUCCACCCCCGACUCCCUGAAGGCCGGCCGGGAGAACGGCGUCACCUCGCGGAUGGCGCUCACUUCCAGCCUCCGUUCAGAGAGCCUGGACUCGUCCCUCAGCUCCAGCGCCAACGGACUUUCCGCCCCCCGCCGCUGCCUCAUGCCCCCUCCCCGGCACUUCCCUUUCGGCACCCACCUGUCCCCCAUCCCCCGGCCCUCGGACACCCGGCCCAGCCUCCGCACCGUGGAGGAGGACGCCCACACCGACCUGACGCUGGUCGGAGAGGGCGACAUCAGCAGUCCCAACAGCACCCUGCUGCCGCCGGCGCCGUCGCCCAUGGCGUCCUUCGAGUGCAGCCUCCCUGAAGCCGACUUCACCCCACCCCCACCCUGCCCCCCACCCCAGGACGCAGCCACAGAGGGGAAAUCACCUUCAGAUGGAACAGUAAAUCCAGAGCCAGGCUCAAACACCAAACCACCUGCAGACAGAGGCGACGCUGCUCAGAUGACUCAGGAGGUGAUGGAUGUGGAGGCGGUGCAUUUGGAGGAGGGAUCGGUGGAGGCGUCCCAGGGAGACGACUCUGAGCUCAGCCUCAGCUUCCAGGGCUACGUGGCCGAGCUGAGGCAGUGUCAGAGUAAGAUGAGGAACGCCCAGAUGCCCCAUAAUGGACACAACCCACCGGAGGGCAAGGACUGCAAAACAGACCUGUACAAGGCCACCAUUGUCUAAAGGGAAACCUACUGUUGCACUUUUAAGCCUAAGGCACUGUCUUUGGAAAGAGAAUCUGUCAAACAUUGGGCUGCAUGUACAAAGCUGUCAAUUUCCACUCCAAAAAAACAAAAACAAAACAAGAAUAUAGAGUUAGAUAUUGUAUAUUUGUUAAGAAUUCUGGUGUCCUCUUGUUUUUUAGUAUUGGUUGUAAUUUUGGGAUGGUAAUAUGUUUUUGUCAUGAUAUAGUUUAGUAAUUAUUUCUAUGAGCCAUGGAAGGAUGACCAUGAAUAAAGCCUGAAUUUCAUGUUUAUGUUUCAGGUUUUGAUAAGGCAUACUUUAUAAACAGAAUUUACUAUUUAACUUAUUUCCCAAUAAUGUUUGAGCUAGCCAAAAGUCAUGUUAGAGAAGGAUACACAUAAGCCAAAGGGAUUUUUUCACAAAGUGGUUUCUUAAAAAA